AUGUCGUCUAUCGAGACGAUACCCGGCAUGCGCGUCGCUACGCUAACCGUCAUGGCCACUCGCAGCCAGGACCAGUCCCUCGUCGCUGAGGUAGCAGCAUCCCACGGUGUGCGCUCAAGGGACGAAAUGUCUCAAGGCCAUCUGAUCCCCUCCUUUGGUUGGCAUCCCUGGUUCUCCUACCAGCUGUUCGACGACACCGUGCCCGUGGCUGAGAGGACGUACCACGAGGGCCAGCCCGACGCAAAGAAGCGACACUACCAGGCCGUCCUAGCACCCGCCCCUGAGGACCCCAGCUUUAUUGACGCCCUGCCCGCCCCGCGCUCAUUGUCAGUCUUUUUAGCAGAGACUCGUGCUCGUCUGCAAAAUCAUCCCCUUGCUCUAGUCGGUGAGGUAGGUCUUGACAAGGCCUUCCGCCUGCCUGAAGGAACCACCAACGUCGACCAGUCCUCCCGUGACCAGACCCUGACCCCGGGUGGUCGCGAGGGGCGUCGUUUGGCUCCUCAACGUGUCAAGAUGCCCCACCAGAUUGCCGUGCUGAAAGCUCAGCUGGCGCUCGCGGGCGAGCUAGGCCGACCCGUGAGUGUCCAUGGCGUCCAGGCUCAUGGUGUACUCCAUGAUGCCCUUGCAUCCCUUUGGAAGGGUCACGAGAAGGAGGUUAUCACCAGGCGCCAGAAGAGGAUGGUCGCCGAGGGAGCCGAGGACCCCUAUUCCGAAGAUGAGCUUGAUGAAGAUGACUACGGCAGGAAGCUCGUGCCGCCGAAGCCUUUCCCGCCGCGGAUAUGCCUCCAUUCGUACUCUGGUUCGGCUGAGAUGUUCAAGCAGUACACUAACCCAGCCAUUCCCGCACGGAUAUAUUUCUCCUUCUCCUCGGCCGUUAACCUAGGAACCAAGGCCAACGCCGACAGCAUAGUGGAGGUCGUCAAGGCUUGUCCAGAUGACGCUAUUCUGGUUGAGAGCGACCUGCACGUCGCAGGUGAGGAGAUGGAAGCUAGACUCGAGGAGAUGUACCGCAAGGUAUGCGAGGUCAAGGGAUGGACGCUCAAAGAGGGCGUCGCGCGCAUAGGCAAGAAUUACCGCCAGUUCAUUUUUGGUUGA